AUGCCUAGUGCAAUGUCACUAGACUCAGUGGUGCUGGUGUGUCUCUCCGCGUUAGCACUUGUAGGUGGGCUGUCCGCAACGCGUCAUGUCAACCCGUCGAGACCGCGUUCCGAGGAUGAGCCACUGCCACUGGAGAGUGUGAGGUGGUUGCAGUAUGCGACGGACGGCCGAUUCGAACUUGUCGAUAUCCCUGAGUCCGCGUAUCGCCCGGGCCGAGCGGCAGACCAGCGCUCCUCGGAGGCUCUCAGCAGGUUGUUGUCACCUCGAGGCGACGAGGCUGCAUCUGCUGCUGCGGAUCGAGAUGUCCUUCUCAUACCUAUCGGGUCCGGCACGCCGCGAACGUUUCAUCUGAAGCUGCGUCCGAAUGUUCAGCUUCUACCGCCGGGUCACCUUGCACUGGUUCACAGUGACCGGGGUGGAGAGGUGAGAAUUGGCAAACGGAGCAAGGACGACUGUUACUAUCAGGGUGAAGUUGGCAAUUACGUCACCAGUCAAGCUGUAGUCAGUACAUGCCAUGGUGUAGUGGGAGAGUUCAGUUUCACGGAGACCGCUACACUUGCAAGGGAAAACUAUGGUGCCAUUGGUGGUAGCUCUGCUGGUGGUCGCAGCGCGUCGCACUGUUUCAUCAUAGAACCGCUCACUCAUCGUCCCCUGGCGAAUGGCUCUCAUUUCCACGCCCUCCUCAGGUGCGAGCAUGUGGCAGCGCGGCAAGCCGAAAAGCCUCGCGGCCAGCUCCCGGCAGCUCCGCCACGCCGUGAUCAAUCUCAUGACUACGUGCAUCUGUUGCCAGAUCGUCAUGGUGACGUCGAGACUUCUCCACGGCGACUGAGCCGUAGUGCCGAUGACGAUGUGGAGAAGGUCACCAUAGAGCUUGUUCUCUGUCUGGACAGCAGUCUCCUGCACAAGCUGAGUAGGGAGCCAUAUGACGCCGAUGACGACCACACCAAGAAUACUGUCGGCGUGCCGCUAGUCAGGGCCAGGCAGAUUGCUAAUAGGGUGGAUGCACUGUUCGCAAAGCUCGGCGUCCGCGUUGCCCUGGUAAUGGUCGAUGCCUGGACCAACGGCGAUCGCAUUCAGGUGAGCAGCCAGCUACGGAGCACGCUGGACGACUUCCUCGUCUAUCGGAAAUACCAGCUAGUGCCCAUCGUCAAGCAUGAUGUGGCCGUUCUGCUGAGCGCGGUCAGGUUCGCGGAGAACGUCGUGGGGAUGGCGUAUCCCUCGUCGAUCUGCUCCAGGUGCAGGUCUGGCGCGGUUGUCCACGACGACGGCAGGCGAGGCCUGGCAGGCGUGGUGGCGUCCACGGUGGCGCACGAGAUUGGUCACACGCUGGGCCUGCGUCACGACGAGGACGACGAGAAGGGGAAUGCGACGUGCGUGUGUCCCGCCACCGGCGCCGCCGACAACAGCACGUUGUGCAUAAUGGCCGGCGUCACUCCAGUCAACAGCAUACAGUGUAGCUGGUCCAAUUGCAGUCGCCGACGACUUGAUAACUUCCUCGGGGAUGGAGCCGCGAGCGACUGCCUGCACAAUCUGCCGCGGCGUAGUCCUGGUGACGCAGUCUGCGGCAACACGGUCGUCGAGGACGGGGAGCAGUGCGACUGCGGCGUACCAGAGCUGUGCGGUGACGCAUGCUGCGUGGCCGCGGACUGCCGACUGCGAGACGGCGCUCAGUGCAACUCGGGCGACUGCUGCCGCAACUGCAGCCUGUUGCCGAUGGGCAGCCCGUGUCGGCGUGGCGACGGGUCAUGUGACAUUGCGGAACACUGCACGGGCAGGUCGGCCCAGUGCCCGGGGGACCUCGCUCGCCAGAAUGGCAAACCGUGCGUGAGCAAGAACGGGGAGCAGGCGUACUGCUAUCACGGACGGUGUGCUACCAGAUCGGAGCAGUGUCGGGAGAUCUUCGGGCCCAGCGCCGCGGACGCCUCACCAGCCUGCUAUCCUGCCGUAGUGCCUCCAACAACCGCCGCACUCCAUGCAUCCACUACUGACGAUGCCAACCUUACCGGCAGACGCCUAGGCAUUCCCGCGGCCAACCGGUUCUGUGGCAAGCUGCAGUGCCUUGUGGAGGAGAAGUUCCCCAAAACGAGGUACGGGACGAACCCGAAAAUCACCCGUGUCCCCAUCGGCGGCAGCGUGAGUUGCACGACAAUCGAGUCAAGUGAUCGCAGCCGCUCAGACGAAGUCCCCCUGGGGCGCGUGGAGGACGGCAUUCGUUGCCACGACAAUGGAAUGUGUAGAUCGUCGCUAUGCCAACCGAUCGGGGAGCUCUUUGCGGAAAAGUGCCCGAUGAAUAAGGCAGGUGUGGAAUGUAGUGGUAAUGGUGAAUGUACGGACAUGAACACCUGCUACUGCUCGGCGAAUUGGACGGGGAGCGCUUGUUCCGAAAACGUAACGCAGCAGCCGCACCCAAACCCAUUUCCCGGAGCGGACUCAUCGAACGUGACGGGCUGCAGAGGCUGCUGGUUUCCCUGGCAACAGUGGUCACCGUGCUCGCCAUGCGACACACCACCCCGACGCCAUCGCCGACGCCGACAGUGCCACGGGAACGAGUGUGUCGGUGCGGCAACCGGGAGUCAAGCAUGCCCCUACGUGAAAUGCCCAACGUCAUCCGCGCAUGGAUCUGUUUUCUAUGCUGACAAUGGACUAUCAUACGAUUGUUCCAGCUGUGCUGCCUCAGGAACCACCAACAAGCUUUCCUCGUUGUCCGCCGCCAACUCUAACAAAAACCUUGUUGGAAUUGUCCUCGCCUGCGUUUUCUCGCUGUUCGUUCUGAUCACGCUGGUAUUCACCAUGGCCUGUCUCAUACGGAGACACAUGAAGCUCUGUCGGCUCGCCGAGCGGAGGGCGUCGGAUCUUUCCGUCGUGGGAGGCUUACCUCCGUGUCGGUUGUCGGACGGUUGUCAGGGGGACGGAUCCCGUCGCUCGUCAGCCCGAUCGGCACGCGUCUCGCGCAAGUCUAGCUGUGGUAGCGCGGAGCGGCGUCGCAUUGCCACAGCCGAUGAUGUCGUGUUUUUGCCCGAUGGUGAUGUCGUCAACUCUGGUGACUUGUUCGUCCGGUCAACGGAGAACCUGCUGCACACCGACCAGGGCAUCGUGGACAGUGCGUACUGCAACGGAAUGCUACUCCGAUGUGCCUAUACAGCUAACACAAAGCCUAGUAGUCAUGUCAUCGCUCGUGGAGGGCCUAGUAGUGAUGUCAUCGCCAGUGGAGGGCCUAGUAGUGAUGUCAUUGCUAGUGGACGACCUAGUAGUGAUGUCAUCGCUAGUGGAGGGCCUAGUAGGGAUGUCAUCGCCAGUGGAGGGCCUAGUAGUGAUGUCAUUGCUAGUGGACGACCUAGUAGUGAUGUCAUCGCUAGUGGAAGCUACGUCAACAUAGCCAGUGGGGACUGGAAGACCGGCAUAGCACAGCCACUGUGCAGCAAGCAACACGCCGUCGUCCCACACGUGUGCAUGGCCGCCGCCGCCGCCAACACCGAUAGCCUGGAUGCACUGGUGGACCGCCUGUCCGGGUACUCGGUGCCGCGCCCUUUAUCACUCACUAGCAGUCUAGUGCUCCCGCAGAGCAGGUCACUGGCCACCACCCCGUUGCAGGAUGCCAGAGCGGCAGUGAGGACAAACGACGGGCCAAAAAGCCUGAGCAGGAGACCCAGCCUACACCGUGCACUCAGCAAAGCCACCGCACCAAGACAAACCUUGGAGAGCUGCCCGUCACGUUCACAAGGCGUCACACACGCCAGCCAUGCUGUAGCAGUCAGCCGGAAGCAACAACACGCCCCGCCAGUACCACCCCGUGCUGGACCAUCGUCCACCGACGUAAACUAACGUUGUUAGGUGUCCACCGAAGGCUCGGGAUACUCUAUAUGCAGAGUAGGAUCAGGAAUUCGUGAUAGCUGGCAACUUCAACUCCAUUGGUGCUGCUACUGCUACUGAUGGUGUUGGUGUUGCUGCUGCUACUGGUGGGGCAUUGGCUUCAUUUCAAGGCGUAUGUCACCCACACUGUGUUCAAUGACGUCAUCAGAUCAUGCAAUGACGACAUCAGAUCAUGCAAUGACGUCAGCAGAUCACGUAAUGACGUCGGCAGAUCGUGUUGUGACACGCUCACCAUGCUUUCCACUUUAUAAAGCUUCAGUACGGUGCACUCACACACUGCUCAAGUUUACGAUAUUGAAACCCACUCGGAAUAUUGAAACACUUUAUUCAGCCCCCGCCCGGCCCACCCCUCUCCCCACUCCACAAUGCAGAUGAAGAUCGAAGUACAGUGAAACCUGCCUAAGACGACCGCUCAAGGGACCAUCAACACGUGGUCUCUGAUGUCUGCUUAUCCAGGGUACUAGUAAUUUGACUGCAUGUAGCAUCCCUUGGUCCUGGUUGCAGUGGUCUUCUGGGACAGGUGGUCGCCAUAUCCGAGUGGUCGCUUUGACAGGUUUUACUGCACUAACGUUAUGUAGUAACCUGGUACUCUAAACUCUACAGACGGACACCCUACUAUCAGAGG